AUGGGGAGCCUCUGGCUGCUGCUCACUCAGCCUCCCUUCCCCAGCCGUAACAGCACUGGAGCCUUUCGGACACCUUGACCAUGGACCCCAGGGAAUGUGUCUGCAUGUCUGGAGGAAUAUGCAUGUGUGGAGACAACUGCAAAUGCACAACCUGCAACUGUAAAACGUGUCGGAAGAGCUGCUGUCCCUGCUGCCCCCCGGGCUGUGCCAAAUGUGCCCGGGGCUGCAUCUGCAAAGGAGGCUCAGACAAGUGCAGCUGCUGCCCAUGAAACCCAUCCAUCGUGCCCACCCCUU